UGACAGAGAGAGAGAAAAAAAAAAAAAAACGUUUGCUACGGGAUAGCAGAGAAGCGCUUAACAUCGGGCUAGCAGGCAGCAACCAGACCGUGGAGAUACACAAACGCCAUCACGGAUUUUUUAUGGGACAAACGCACAGGGCUCGCUGCGAAAACGAUGCCUCACAAUAGACGAUACUCCUCUUCAGACAGAGAUAGCCGAACCAGCUAUCAAGACAGAUACAGAGACAGAGGACGAAGACAUCGGAACCGAAGAUCGCCGACUAACUCCUCCAGCAGUGGCAGAGACCGUGACCGAAGGGGACGGGUAUACAGGCAAGAAGGGAGCUACCUUCGCUCAAGGAGUCGCAGCUAUGACAAUCGCUCAGCAGAACACAGACCCUUCGACAGACGAUACGAGGGAUACCGAAGACUGGACCAGAGCCGCGAGCGAGACCGGGACAGGGAGCCGCACGGAGCAGCCGAAAGCUAUUAUCCUCGAGACUUCUCCCCGCAAAUGUGCGACUACCGACACGGCCGCGAGCGAGAGCGCGAGCGCGAUGAGUCGUACCGGCGGAAAGGCAGCAGGCGUAAGCACAAACGAAGGCGGCGUAGAACCAGGUCCUAUAGCCCCUCCUCCUCGCGGAGCACCAGUCGGACGCGAGCACUGAGUGUGAGGGACGACGAGGAAGGGCACCUGAUCUGUCGGAAUGGGGACGUCCUGCAAGAGAGAUACGAGGUCGUCGGCACUUUGGGCGAAGGCACCUUUGGGAGGGUGAUGCGGUGCAUCGACCAUCGCAGAGGAGGAGUCCAUAUUGCUUUGAAAAUUAUCAAGAAUGUUGAGAAAUACAAGGAAGCAGCUCGACUGGAGAUCAACGUUCUUGAGAAGAUAAAUGAUAAGGAUCCUGAUAACAGAUACUUGUGCGUCCAGAUGUACGACUGGUUCGACUACCACGGCCACAUGUGCAUCUCCUUUGAGCUGCUAGCUCUGAGCACUUUUGACUUUCUGAAGGAGAACAACUAUCUGCCGUAUUCCAUCGGUCAGGUGCGGCACAUGGCCUACCAGCUCUGUCUCGCUGUGAAAUUUCUUCAUGACAAUAAGCUCACGCACACAGAUCUGAAGCCAGAAAACAUCCUGUUUGUCAACUCAGACUUCACAAUGACCUAUAACGUAGAGAAGAAACGAGAGGAGCGAACUGUGAAAAGCACAGCGGUGCGGGUGGUGGACUUUGGCAGCGCCACGUUUGACCACGAGCACCACAGCACCAUCGUUUCCACGAGGCAUUACCGUGCUCCCGAGGUCAUUUUAGAGCUGGGCUGGAGUCACCCCUGCGAUGUCUGGAGUAUUGGCUGCAUCCUGUUUGAGUACUACCUGGGCUUCACCCUCUUUCAGACUCAUGACAACAGAGAGCAUUUGGCCAUGAUGGAAAGGAUCCUGGGUCCAGUACCGUCCAGGAUGAUCCGUAAGACCAGGAAACAGAAGUAUUUCUAUCGCGGACGGCUAGAUUGGGACGAGAGCUCGUCGGCGGGAAAAUACGUCAGAGAGAACUGCAAACCGCUGAGACGGUAUCUACUGUCAGAAGCAGAGGAGCACCACCAGUUGUUUGACCUCAUCGAGAGCAUGCUGGAGUACGAGCCGUCCAAGAGGCUGGCGCUGUCAGACUCCCUCAAACACCCUUUCUUCGAGAACAGCGGCGGCAGCGAGGCGACGGGCAGCAAGAACUGGGAGGGCAACCGGGACAUCAGCCGGUGACCUUUGCACUCCAGAGACUGACUGAUAGGGGAGACGGAGGCCUUUUCUCCGUGAGGAGAAGCCGAACUGUUGAAUAAACUUGGACUGGAGGUGUUGUGGGAGUUAAAACAGCAUGGACACCCUAACUUCCCUCCCGCUCCUCCAGCUCCACCCUCUCCUGGUCAUCUCUGCCGGCACGAGUGGCAUGUAUUUUUUUUUUUUUUUAUGUUUUUUUUUUUUGCAGCAGCAGAUAAACAAUAUAACCCGUAACAUCCCGGAGAAGAGUUUAAUCUUUUCCAGCGAUCACAGUCCGCUUACGGAGCGAAAACGAUAUAACAUUGAAGGUUUUUUUCCCCCCCAAAGUAGCUCUCUAUGCAGCUCCUGUCUUCCUGUCGACUCGGGGAACACCUUCCUGAGAAAAAGCAUACCUCUGGAUGGAAACAAUCCCCAUCUACACUCAAGUCUUUAAAAUACAAACACAAUCCGCUUUGGAGGCAGAAAUCUCCCCCCCCAGUGCUGAAGUCCAGGAAAAGAGUAAAAAAAAGAAAAGAAAAGGAGAUAGAGUUGUACUUCCGGUUAAAGUUCUCACCCAGAAACUUUUAUUCUCCAAGAAGAGUAAGUAACAGAAAGAGAAGAUCCGCUCUCUGUGGAGACGCGCCUCAUGUUUAUGUUAACAUUGUUAAUGAGCCAUUGCUUUGCAUACUUUAAUAUUUUAUGCCUAAAAAAAAAGUCACCUGAAAAGUGACCCGGCUGGUGGCUCGGUCUAACUUCCCUGUGAGGAAACCGUGUUUCUGACCGCGGGCUGACUUCCACGACGGCCGUUUGUUUCGCCACGCGUUUGUUUUCUAAGCGGGGAGUUUACUGCGUUACUAGUUAAGUCGAGCAUCAUUCAUGGGUUCAUCCUCCAUUUAGAAACAGAAACUGCCUUUUUCCACGUUUAACCGAGGAAGUCCUCUUAAGGUUAAGCACACAGCUCUCGUCGAUGGUAUUUAUUUUUCCAGUUGCUAUAGGUCGUAAGCCCCUCCCAUUAUUAUCCUCCUGAAUGUGACUUGUUUUUUUUUUUUGUUUGUUUCUUUGUUUUGUUUUUUUGUAUGAACUGAAAGCCUAUAAUGCUGUAUAUAUGUAUUAUUGUGUAGAAUUAAAGUCUUCUUUGCCAAAGGUUA